GGCCCAGAGACGGGGGACAGAGGGGCACUUAGGCAGCGGGGGGCAGCCUGCAGGGAGCCAGCCCAGGAGACCCCCCCCAGGGGCCAGAGGGGCCAGGACAGACCAGCAGACAGAGAGAAGAGACAAGGGAGGGGGUGUCAGACAGAGUGAAUGACAGCCCGAGAUAGAGGGACAGACAGAGGGUGUGAAGGAGGAGCAGGGAAGGAAAGAAAAGUGAAGAGAAAAAGAAAAGAAAAGAAAGAAAAGGAGAAAAAAACAAGAGAAGGGGGAGAGAGGGGUCCCAGUCACAGGAUGAGCAGCAGACAGAGGGCAGCAGACAGAGGGCGUACGGACAGGAGCCUUUGAAGAAGGAGCCGCACGUCCCCAGGGCUGGGGUCAGGCCAGGUCGCUGGCCAGGCGGGCGGCCGCCAGCAGCAUGAGCAGCCCGGCAAUCCUGAGGAGGAAUUCUAGCAAACAGGGCCUGGAGCACCUCCUGAGGCUCGCCACACAGUGGAGUCUGGAGGACGAUGAGGAGGCCACCCGGGAGCGACGCCGGCGGGAGAGGGACAGGCAGCUACGGGCCCAGGACGAGGACGGAGGCAACCAGUCUCCAGAGCCUCCAGAGCAGGAGAAGCUCCUGAAGACCACGGAGGCCCCUGAGCUGGACGAGGACGAGGGCUUCAGCGAUUGGAGCCAGAAGCCAGAGCAGCAGCCACGGCACAGCAGGGCUGAGGAGCCCCCCGAGGGCGAGAGCACAGAAGGGGACCAGGAGGAGGCCAGGCCCAUCGGUCACCGGGACGCCGACGAGGUGAACCCAGCCACAGCCUGCCUGGAGGGGUUGCAUCUGCAGCCUGGCUCAGAGCCCCAGGAGGGGCCAGAACCAGAGGUGACCGUCCAGGACAGUCUGGCAAUAGUGGAGGCUGAGGAGGCAGAUGAGCAGCACCAGAAAUGUCAGCAGCCCAGGACACCCAGCCCUUUGGUCUUGGAGGAGACCACCGAACAGGGCUCACCCCCCCUGAGCCCCAGCACCAAACUCAUUGACAGAACCGAGUCCCUGAACCGCUCCAUCAAGAAGAGUAACAGUGUGAAGAAGUCCCAGCCAGCCCUGCCUAUCUCCAAGAUUGAUGAGCGGCUAGAGCAGUACACCCAGGCCAUUGAGACUGCUGGCCGGAACCCCAAGCUCGCUCGCCAGCCCUCCAUCGAAUUGCCCAGCAUGGCCGUGGCAAGCACCAAGAGCCGAUGGGAGACAGGAGAGGUGCAGGCUCAGUCUUCCUCCAAGGGCCCCUCCUGCAAGGAUAUUGUAGCUGGAGACAUGAGCAAGAAAAACCUCUGGGAGCAGAAAGGAGGCUCCAAGACUUCGUCCACAAUUAAGAGCACCCCGUCUGGGAAGAGGUACAAAUUUGUGGCCACCGGACAUGGGAAGUACGAGAAGGUGCUCAUGGAUGAGGGCUCAGUGCCCUAGGCUGCCCCCUUGCUCUCCUGAUACAAACUGGCGGCUCCCUCCACACUCCCCAUCCAGGCUCCCAGGGGAGAGUCCGGCCACAUGCCCACCCCCAGCUCUGCUGAAGAAGCUGCUUCCCGUUGCCCACCUGGCAGCCCACGCCCCUCCAACACCUGCCACUGAUGCAACCUCUAUCCGUGGAGCCUCCAACCUCUCCCCACUCCUGCUCCCUGACCCCCUGGUCUCUGCCUCUCACAGCCCAGGGAGGAAAGGGACUCUCACUGAUGCUUGGCAAAAGGCACUGUCCCCACAGAGGCCAAGAGCUCAGGAGGGAGGCACAGCCUGUGUAGAGACAGGGCACCUUCCGAGGGACCUCCCAGUCAAGAGCCACCAAUGCCUGCACUGGAUGUUCAGGCCCUGUGCCCUCCCUGCCCCCCGCUUGCAGCCCCCUCCAUGUUGUGCAAUAAAGCUCAUCCUGACCGUG